AUAAAUUCAGCUUUUUUGUGAACAGGGCCUUUCAAUGUUCCUGUCACCUCCUACAUGGUACUUACGAAUCCUUCUGACAAGAAGGUCCUAUUCAAGAUCAAAACUACGGCUCCCAAGAAGUACUGCGUACGUCCGAACUCUGGAGUAAUGGCGCCCAACGGAAAAUCCGAAAUAGCGAUAUCUCUGCAACCGUUCUUGUUCGACCCGGCCGAAAAAAACAAGCACAAGUUCAUGGUGCAAACCGUCUUCGCUCCCGACGGAGAAUUCAACCUCGACCAGCUGUGGAAGGAGAUCACGCCCGAGCAGCUGAUGGACUCGAAGCUGAAGUGCGUGUUCGAGAUGCCGGAGGAGCCGCAGGCGAGCGAAGGGGUGGCUGGGAUUGGGGCAGGCGAGGAGGCGAAGGGCGGCGUCAAGGGGGCGGGAGGCCAGGGGGUGGCAGAGGGGCGGGGAGGUGAGCCGGGUGGUGGGUCUGACGGGGCGGAGUUGCAGAAGGCCGCCCAGGAGGUGAGUGCGAUCGGAUCGGUCCAGCAGCUGCGCCAGGAAGAGAUGGAGCUGCGCCAGGAGAACCUCAAACUCAAAGAGGAGAUCCUGCAGCUGAAACGGCAAGUGGGCGUGGGCGCCUCCUCCGCUGCCCGCCCCACGCCCGCCAACCGAUACGCCCCGCCUGCUCAGCCUGAGCAGGCCUUGCCCGUGGCGUACAUCGCGCUGGCCGUGGUGCUCAGCCUGCUGAGCGUCCUGCUAGGCAAGUUCGCGCUCUGA